AUGGUAAAUUUUAGCAAACGAUCGUUUUGGAAUUUUACAUUAAAAGAUAUAUUAAGUAUUAUAUCUUCAGUUGCUAUACCCAUAGCUCUUGCUAUUUACACUGCAAUUGGGUCUCAACAACAAAAACAACAAGCUGAGAAAAAACAAAAGUUUGAUUUAGAACAAUCAACACAAUUAAGACAACAAACACUUUAUGAUGAAUUUUUAAAUAAUAUUUAUAAAUUAGAUAAAGAUGGUUAUCUCAAUGACACAAAAAAUCCAUGGGCAUUUGCAAAUGCAUAUUAUCGUGCUGCUCAUCGUCAAUGGGAUGCAACACGUAAAGCAGAUAUUAUACAAUUUUUUAAAGAAAAACAACUAAUUGGUAGAAAUAAUUGUUCUAAUGGAUGUCGAACAACAAAACUAGAUGAUAUAAUUCGUUUAAAUGAGUUAGACUUUGAUAAUGUACAUCUAGCAAGUGAAACUGGUACAUUACAUCAAUUGAAUUUACAAUGUGUUUCUUUUGAUCAGGUAUCGAUGUCAAAUGCAGUAUUUUCAUUUGCUAGUUUAAACGGUGUAUCUUUUGAUGGAGCACGCUUAGAUAACGUUAAAUUUGAUGGUUCAUCUUUACUUUGUGCUAGUUUUAAUGGUACAAAUCUGUCGGGUACAGAUUUUGGGAAGUCUGAUCUGACCGGGGCGCAGUUUUUUAAUAGUGAUUUGUCUGGAGCUAAAUUAACAGAAGAUCAAAUAAAACAGGCAUAUUUUCAUAAUGUAAUUAUGCCAAAUGGAGAGAAGAGUGAAAUGAAAUCCUCAUCGACAACAAAAAAACCUAUAACACAAAAAAGAGCAAUAACAAAAACAAAUAUAUUCACAAUAACAUCAGCAUCAUCCUUAACAACCUCAUCAGCAACUGCAACAACAACAACAACGCCUUCAACAGCAGCAACGUCGUCAUCAUCGACGACGACAACAACAACAUUAUCAUUAUCAUCAUCACCAGCAUCAUCAACAACAACAUCAACAUCAUCAUCAUCAACAACAAAAACAUCAACAUCAACAGCAGCAUCAACAACGUCAUCGUCAUCAACAAUAUCGUCGACAACAACCUCUUCAUUAACAACAACAACACCAGUCGCAUCUUGUAAUAGGACAUUUCUUCAUCGAACUAUUUACUCAGUUGGUGACCGUCCACAAUCAGUAGCAGUAGCCGAUGUAAACAGCGAUAAUAAACUCGAUAUUGUCACUGCAAAUUAUGGUCCAGACACCGUCAGUGUUCUUCUCAACAGAGGCAACGGUACUUUUUCUCCUCAAAUUACUUACGCAGUUGGUAACCAUCCACGAUCAGUAGCAGUAGGCGAUGUGAACAGCGACAACAAACUCGAUAUUGUUACUGCAAAUGGUGAAUCAAACACCGUCAAUAUUCUUCUCAACACAGGCAAUGGUACUUUUUCUCGACAAACUACUUACUCAGUUGGUAAAAGUUCAUCAUCAGUAGCAGUAGCAGUAGCCGAUACAAACAGCGACAAUAAACCCGAUAUUGUCACUGCAAAUGAAGAGUCAGACACGAUCAGUGUUCUUCUCAACACAGGCAACGGCACUUUUUCUCGUCAAGUUACUUACACAGUUGGUAAAAGUCCAUCGUCAGUAGCAGUAGCUGAUGUGAAUAACGACAAUAAACCCGAUAUUAUCACUGCAAAUCGGGAACGAGACACCGUCAGUGUUCUUCUCAAUACAGGAGACGGCAAUUUCUCUUCUCAAGCUACUUACACAGUUGGUGAAAGCCCAUAUACAGUAAUAGUAGCUGAUGUGAACAGCGAUAACAAACCCGAUAUUGUCACUGCAAAUCAGGAUCGAGAGUCUGUCAGUAUUCUUCUCAAUACAGGCAACGGCACUUUUUCUCCUCAAAUUACUUACGCAGUUGGUGACCAUUCACGAUCAGUAGCAGUAGGCGAUGUGAACAGCGACAACAAACUCGAUAUUGUCACUGCAAAUGAUGGCCGGGACACCGUCAGUGUUCUUCUCAACACAGGCAACGGCACCUUUUCUCCUCAAACUACUUAUGCAGUUGGUGACAGUCCAUAUGCAGUAGCAGUAGCUGAUGUGAACAGCGAUAACGAAGCUGAUAUUGUCACUGCAAAUAGAGGUUCAAGCACCGUCAGUGUUCUUCUCAAUGUAGGCAACGGUACUUUUUUUCUUCAGGUUAUUUACUCAGUUGGUGUAUAUCCAAUGUCAUUAGCAGUAGCUGAUGUGAACAAUGACAAUAAACCUGAUAUUGUCACUGCAAGUGAGAAUUCAGACACCGUCAGUGUUCUCCUACACUGUUAA